GCUCAACUGUCAACAAGAAAGAGAUAGAAAUCUCUCUUUCCGGCAACUUUGCCAUUUGUGUGAACACACAUUUGUAAACUUGCUAGCAGUUUUUCUUGAAAAACUCGUCCAAAAUCCUCCAAGAUGCCGCCAAAGUUCGACCCCACUGAAAUUAAGCACGUCUACCUGAGAUGUGUCGGCGGAGAAGUCGGUGCCACCUCCUCCCUGGCCCCCAAGAUCGGUCCCCUCGGUCUGUCCCCGAAGAAGAUCGGUGACGACAUUGCCAAGGCCACCGGAGACUGGAAGGGUCUGAAGAUUACCGUGUGCCUGACCAUCCAGAACCGACAGGCCGCGAUCUCGGUUGUGCCGUCGGCCGCUUCGCUCAUCGUGAAAGCCCUGAAGGAACCGCCGCGGGACCGCAAGAAGGUCAAGAACAUCAAGCACAACGGCAACAUCACCUUCGACGAAGUGAUUAGCAUCGCUCGGGUGAUGCGACCGCGCUCGAUGGCCCGCGAGCUGUCCGGAACGUGCAAGGAAGUGCUCGGAACUGCCCACAGCGUUGGAUGCACCAUCGAUGGCCGUGCCCCGCACGACGUCAUCGACGACAUCAACAGCGGAGCGAUCGAGUGCCCCGCGGAAUAAGCAGCAGGGUGAAAUGGAAUUUUGGUUUAAGUGCGCCGUGCGAGAGAGAGAGCUGAGAAGGUUCAAUAAAAAAAGCUAUCCUUAAACGAAGUA